GCUCCUCGGGCGGCUCUGCCCCGGUGCGUGCGGUCCCGCGCCCCGCGCACGGCAGCGUUGCGCCCCGCCGGGCUGCGGCCGGUCCGGCCCCGGCUGCGCUCCGUGUGCGCCGCACCGCUCCGCGUGUGCCACACCGCUCCGCUCCGCGCCGCGCCCCCCGCCCUCGCCAUGCCCAGAGCCUUCCUGGUGAAGCGGCGCAGCCCGCAGCCCGCCGUGCGCAGCUGGGCUGGGCUGCCCGACGACGAGCGCGCCGACACCUACAUCCCAGGCGGCCUCGGCUGCGCCCCGGGCUACGAAGACAGCUGCAGCCUGGAGAGCAGCGGCAGCAGCGGGACGCGGGACCCCGAGCUCGGAGACCCCCCCACGCCGCAGGCGGCCCCCGCGGAGCUGGGCGCGCCCGGGGGGAUGCUGCUGGACCUGGCCGUCAGGCGCCCCGCCGUCAGGUCGAAAAUCAAGUUCACCACGGGCACCUGCACCGACGCCGCAGUGCACUCCUGCGAGCUGUGUGGCAAGGGCUUCCGCCUGCAGCGCAUGCUGAACCGGCACAUCAAGUGCCACAGCCAGGUGAAGAGGCACCUGUGCACCUUCUGCGGGAAGGGCUUCAACGACACCUUUGAUCUGAAGCGCCACGUCCGGACCCACACCGGAAUUCGUCCUUACAAAUGUGAGGUUUGCAACAAAGCAUUUACCCAGCGGUGUUCCCUGGAAUCCCACCUCAAGAAGAUUCACGGAGUGCAGCAGCAAUACGCCUACAAACAGAGGCGAGACAAACUGUACGUGUGCGAGGAUUGCGGCUACACCGGCCCCACGCAGGAGGACCUGUACCUGCAUGUCAGCAGCGUUCACCCCAGCAGUGCUUUCCUGAAAAAAACCUCAAAAAAACUCGCAGCGGUUUUGCAAAACAAACUGAGCCCUGUCCUGCAGAGGAACUCCAAAGAUGACGACAAAGAUGAGUAACGCGGUGGAUUACAGUGGUCUACAGGAAUGAAGUUUACACGUAGGACUACGUAUAUAUUAUUUUUUUAAAAAACCUAUUUUGAAAUAGAUCCCUGAAAGAAAUGGGAUACUUUUGUUAACAGGACUCUCUUGAUAUUGGUAGAACCUCAACUUGAAAGAAAUAUUCCCAGAAAUCAUACAAACAUCAGACUUUAUCUGGUCAAAAAUUGGACAGGCUGGAAGAGGCUGUCAUCUAUGUGAUGGAGUAUUUACUGACCCUGGCAUUCAGGUAACCUGACUGCCCUUUCAACUCUCCUACACAUCUGAAUGGCGCUGACAAACAAGCUUACCUUUCCCCGGCACGUUUCUUACAGACAGUAACAGUUACCUCCUGCAGAAAUUACUUUUGAGGGGUUUGGGUGAAAGGGGCCACAUAAGAGCAGCUCCUAGCACACUGCUCUUAUGUGCAAAAUUAAUUAAAAUUGGCUUAUGAGCAGUACGUUGUAUUCGUACUUAAGUUUCAAUGUGCAAAUAACCUUAACUCUGCCCCAUGUGCAGUAAAUGAAUGAUUUGCAGAAUUGUUAUCCAAGAUGAGCUGAAACUUUAUUUAAAACAAUGCAGACUUUUUUCCCUCCUAAACUUUCCCUUCCCAGGCAGAGACUUGCAUUCUAGGGACUUCAAGCUGUGAAAUCAUUUCAUCCUAUUUAGACAGAAGCGUAACCUUAACUCUGUCUUUUCUGGACUCCUCAUGCUCACUUGGGGAUUAUUACCACAUCCUUUUAACGUAAAUCAGUAUCAAGCCAGAAACCCAAAGAAACCAUUUUAAUGAUUGGAAGAUAUGUAUUUUCUGUCACGAUGAAGUGUAACUUUGUGUGUAUUUUAUAGUGUGUGUGUUCAUGUGGGUUUUAAAAAUCUUUAUACAUCAGGUGCCUGUUCAUUAGUACAACAAAGCUGUGCAAAGCAGAUAAGAGUGUGACUUAGGCUGUCUGCCUCAUGAGAUCAAUGCAAAACUGUAUGCAUAACUCUGCCCCUAAUCACUGUCAGUUUAGAUGGCUCUUAGUGAUACUGAUGCUACAAGAGAAGGUGGUGGUGCUGAUGAUGAGCAACCAGUACUACGUCUUUGCUUUUAGGGCUCUGCUUAUAUCCAAUACUGUAAAUCUCUUCAGAACAUGCUGAAGCCCUUACGGUGCACUCAGGUGUCUAAGUUAGGAAAGACAGAGUGGGGUGGCAACUUUCUCAGCAAUAAUCCAGGUUACACCAGUCCAAGGACAUUAUUCAUCUGUCUCAUAUCUUAAUGGUCACAGCUAAACACAUUCUAGAUUAAUUUAAAUGCUAGAUAAUUAAAGGUUUUCAUUGGUAACUUUUCCAAUAUUCAUCUUGGGUUCAAAAUAAAAGUAUAUUUUUGGAAAAAUAUAUCACCCUCUGUACACAUUGAAACAAAUGCUCUGUAUGAGCAAUGAACUGUAACUCGCCUGAAAUAGUUCUGGUCAGGACCUUCAUAACCAUUACUACUUAAAUUGCAAGGUUCUGAGUAUCUAUGUAGGAAUCCAAAUAAAAAAUAAAAUCAAACCUCAAGAUA